AUAACCCAUUUUCCUCGUGGUUUGGUCUUUAAAUUGAGGAAGCGAAUGAGGGCGAGAGAUGCAAAAGAAAAUGGAGAAGACGAACAAAGACGUUCCUCUUAAAGAACUUAGCGAGAGGGUAGCGGAAUUCGCUCGAGUUAGAGGUUGGGAUAAGUAUCACAGUCCGAGAAACCUCCUCCUGGCCUUAGUGGGAGAAGUGGGGGAGGUGACAGAGAUAUUCCAAUGGAAGGGAGAGGUGGCGAGGGGGCUUCCCAACUGGUCCGCCGCCGACAAGGAGCACUUGGGGGAGGAGCUCUCGGACGUGCUACUCUAUUUGGUUCGUCUUGCAGAUGUGUGCGGGGUUGAUCUUGGGCGAGCUGCCCUUUCCAAGAUCCUUAAGAAUGCCACUAAGUACCCUCUCACUCCUCACCAACAAAUUCAACCCUAAACUAAACUUCAACAUUACCCAUCCCUCCUAUUAUGUUCUUAAUCUUAUCUUCUCGUUCAAUUUCAAAAUUAUAAAGAGUGUUUUUUUUUUUUUUUUUUUUUUUUGUCGACGGUUACAAACAAUAACUAUCUUGAAUAUGAUUCAACUACUUAGACAUAUAUGUUGGAUGAAAAAAUUAAAGGUUUAACCUUUCCAACAUUUAAAUUAGCUCACGAAUGCAUAGAUUUUUGUAUAAUU